UUUUUCUUACUUGAAUAAUUUUUACUUUCCUUUUCUUCAAUCCUUUAACGAUAUAACAUCACAAAUAUAAUAUUAUAAUAAUGUUCAUUCGGUUUACCUCUAUUGUUUGCGUGAUUAAUUUUCUUUCUAUUGUCGUUAAUGCGAAAGGGCAAAUCGCCCAAGUAGUCGAUGCCAACGACUUUUGUGUUUUUCUACCUCCUAGCGAUUCUACCAAUCGCAUAAUCUCAGAUACGGAAUGGAAUGCCAAUGCAUUUUGUUUGGGUAAUACUCCUCUCGCGACAAAUGCCGAAAAACUACCUGCUGGUUUCAUCAAGUCUGCUCAUUAUCUUAAGACAGAUACAUACGUCCAGGUUACAGGUCAAAUGGAUUAUACAAAGGCCAAUUUGGUUGGUACUGACGGUGGUGGUCAAAUGGAUGUCAGAGCUCCUAUGGGAUCAUCAUGUGCUGGCUGGAAGUUUUAUGUCAACCUUAUUGAACCUACAACCAACACUUAUUGUAUGCGUUGUUGCAAUGAUGAUAGAACAUGUAAUCGCGGUAUCUCUGAAAAAGGUUGUGCUCAUAUCAUUCCCGGCGAUUAUAGUGGACCUAAUGGUAGCUCAGGUGAUGAUACAGUAGUUACCACUGCUACUACUACUACUACUACAACUACUGUUAUAGCCACCACCACCACUAUCCCACCCAUAAUUGUUACCACCCCUACCAUAAACCUUACCACUGCUGUUGUAACCCCAUUGACCACCGUGUCCGCUUCAUCUUCCGUUGUUAUUACUCCUGCUGCAGCAGCAUCAAACCCUGCUACUCCAAAUGAAAUUGCUACUGCUCAAUCAGUUUCAGGUGCUAGCUACAACAAGCCUAUGGCCAUUGCUUUUUGUGCUGGUCUUUUGGUCACAGCCGUUUUGGCUUAAACGUAUUCCCUUUAUCUAAAAUUUACCGCUAUUAAUAACUCCUCCUUAAUAUUUUUCUAUUAAAUUUAUAUACCUUAAAAAA